UGGCUGCGUUAGCUGGCCACUCGUUUUUUAAUAUUUAUUUUCAUUUUCAAUUUACUCCUCUCUCUCUCUCUCUUCUUCCUCGAGUUUUCCCAAGCUAGAAGGAGGAGAGAGAUAAUUUUUUGUUAGUUUGAUAUUCUAUUUCUUUGGAGUUUGGAGUUUGCUUUGGCAUUGGUCUUACCGGCACUUUCUUGGCAAAAACCGCAGGUUUCAUUCUUGGGUUUUGAUAUUUUUCCUGAGAAAAAAGGCUUUUCGGCAAAGAGAAUCUAGAGCUACUUGACUACAUUUUUGCUCAAGAGAUCUAUCAUUCGAGCUUUGACAGGUGCUAGAUUUUUGGUUUGCAGACGGCUCUUUUCGCUGGUCCGCGAUCUUUGCGUGGCUUUCUUGGAGAUUAAGCUUGAGGGGUUCAAUUUUUUCGUAUGCAGGACGCCAGUGAUUGUGUAGAGAUCACCAGGAACCAAACUUCACGUUCGGAGAUCUGAGGUUCUUCGUACACAUUUUUGCGAGAAAAUAAAACAAGAGAAGGCAGCUAGCUAGCCAAAGAUGAUGACUAAGACCACGGGGGUGGGACGAAUGAAUGGUGUCGGCGGUGCUGCCGAUUCAGGAGGUGCUGCCGAUUCAGGAGGAGCUGCCGAGUGGGAAAUGAGGCCCGGAGGAAUGUUAGUUCAGAAGCGAGACCCGGACUCCGAUCGCAACUCGGUCCCGGCACCGACAAUUAGAGUAAAGGUCAAGUUCGGGUCAACCUACCACGAAAUCUAUAUCAGUUCUCAAGCUACCUUCGGAGAGUUGAAAAAAAUGUUGUCGGGACCGACAGGGUUGCACCAUGAAGAUCAAAAGUUGAUAUACAAAGAUAGAGAGAGAAAUUCAAAGGCCUUCCUUGACACUGCUGGGGUGAAAGACCGAUCAAAGAUCGUGCUAGUCGAGGACCCCAUUAGUCAAGAAAGAAGGUAUCUUGAGAUGAGACGAAAUGCAAAGAAGGAGAAGGCAUCGAAAUUCAUCUCAGAAAUCAGCUUGGAGGUUGAUAGGCUUGCUGGCCAGGUGUCGGCUAUGGAAUCCAUAAUCAAUAAAGGUGGGAAAGUCGCGGAAACAGAUGUGCUUACUUUGAUUGAGCUAUUGAUGAAUCAGUUGCUUAAAUUAGACGGAAUUAUGGCUGAUGGGGAUGCGAAAUUGCAGAGGAAAAUGCAGGUGAGAAGAGUGCAAAAGUAUGUUGAAACUCUAGACACGUUGAAGAUUAAAAACUCCAAGCCCACCAGCAAUGGAGGUCAAACUCCGAUGCAGCAUCAUCAGAGGCAAUCAAAUGGUCAAAUACGAGCACCAACGCACGGGCAGCAACCAAGGCAAUCCGAUGGGCAAAGACUCGCACCAAUUCAAGAGCUGCAGCUGCCCCGGUGGCCGGUCGGGCAUUUGCCAAUUCAUGAGCAGCAGCAGCAGCUACAACAUGAGAAGCAAUCGACAACAGGGGUAGUUGUUACGACCAAAUGGGAGACAUUCGAUUCGAACCCUGCUUCAGUUCCUCUCCCUUCCACAUCCACACCCACCUCAGCCACUCACAACUCAGUCCAACCCAAGUUCAAUUGGGAAUUCUUCGAGUAAACCAUAGGCCGCGUUUUUUUGUUUUUGUUUUUGUUCGUGUGGAUGUGUUCUGGACUUGGCUUGUUAUCCUUUUUCUCCAUUCUUUUCUGUACCUAGAUUUUGUUGAGCACCCCCUUUUAGUCUGUCAUUGGGUUCAUCGCAAAUAAAUGGGGUCGGUACCAAAAUCAUCAGUUGUAUGGUUCUGUUCUGAUAGCCAUAUCACCCUUGUGGGCUUUGUAUUGAGACAAAGGAGAUGUGUAUUUUGGAACCCUCAUCCCAUUUGGACAA